UUAAAUUGUACAUACAUAAAAUGAAAAAAUAACAAUUCUAAUUUUUCUAGUUGUGAAUCCUAACGGUUGGACUGCGUAUCUCUGAGCACAGGUGUGUAUUAUUCGCGGUCCUUAAACACGAUUGAAACACGUAUGAGAAAAACUAAUAUACACGAUGGUGACAACAUUUAAGAAGAUGCUACUCAAAAAAUACAGUUUCAAUAAUGCAUGGUUUUGAAGAUGUUGCAGAUUUUCAAUUAAUGACUGGUUAGAUAUGGAUCGUUUUGAUGGAGGUUACGAGUUACUUGAUGAUGGAAUUAUCGCAAAUAUUACAGAAGAAGAAUGCGAAGUGGAUAGAAAUACUUAUGAAGAAGAAUACAAGUCAUUAUCAUACAUAAAUCAUCUAACAGCACACGACAUGUUCACCAAAUGUAUAUAUUGCAUGAUUUGCGAAAAAUCUACUGCCACGAAGACAAUGAAGAGAAAUAUGGCCAUGUAUUGUAUGAACAUGAUGAGGAAACGCACGGUCGAUGAACAGCUCAAUGAUUUAUCAACAAUCAUGAAUUGUUCGUUAGAUCUGAUAAUUUUGUACCAUAGAAACGAAUUGGAAGUCAGCUACCGUAUUGGCUCGCAAAUAGCUUCAGUGAACGGUUUAGAUGAGUCGAUGUGCGUGCGCCAGUGCAAACGAUAUAUUUUGGACAAGCUUCAGGUGUUCUGUGGCUACACUAAAAUCCCGGUACGGACAUCGUCAUCGGCCUGGCAAGUCCGAAGUGACAAGAGUUCCGAAUUGAGUAGUGAGUCGCAAGAUGUUUACUCCGAGAUCGAAUUGUGCAAGAAACGAGUGGAUGGAAAAGUAGCGAGAAAAGCGUUCGACGAGAAUAUCGUAAUGGUCGACCCAGAGAUGGAUAUCCCGGGUGAACUGUGCGACUAUAUGUCAAGUAAUAAAUUGCCGUUGGUACUUACAAUCAGUUAUUUUCCAACGGAAUGGAAAAUGAUCUUCGAAUGCGGACCGUACUGUGCUUCGACAGAUGGUUCCGUAAACUCAACAUGCAUGCAGCAAUGCAAAAAACUACUAUUACACGAAUUAAAUGCGUUCGUCACUAAUGAAAAAGUAGGUGCUCGAAAAGAGACAAUUAGUGAAAAUCAACGAUGUGACCAGCAGCAUCGGAAUAAGAUCAACGAACCUACCGUAAUGUCGGUCGAUCAACCUCCGGAAGCUAUAAAUCUCAAAGCAGUUUUCACGAAUUUACCCGUAACCAGGUCCAAUGAGCAGCCAAGGAUAUCUUGUAAUAUCUUUGAACCACACGAGGAAUACGUCAUCAGUGCUUCUAAGGUGUUGAAAAAUGUCACGUGGGACACGUUUCAGGAAAACGCCUCACGGUUUUUCGAUGUAAUCUUGCAAACGGACCGCGCGAAUAGAUUUUACUUGAAGAUGAUCACGGAUUGUGUUGUAUCAAAUGCGAUUGACAAUCCUGACAACUGCGCCUUAUACGCAACACUGUGUUGUCACGUGAUCGAAAAUACGUGUGUGGACUCAAGGAGGAUCAUAUGUCAAGGGUUGUCGAGUGCGUUCAAAACCGAGCUGAUAAAAUCUUGCCGGGUCGUGUUGACCGAAGCCGGCGUAUUACUCCGGACGAGAAUGUUUCGACAGCCUCAAGCAAGGCGAUCGGAACAGAGGUUCGACGUAAAAGCUCGUGACCGAACGCAUGGAACGUGCAGGUUUAUGGGUGAACUGUUCAUGCGCGAUCAAAUAUUCAAAACCGUAAUGAGUACCAUCGACACGUUCAUGCAGAUACACGACGCGCAUUCGUUAGAAUGUCUCUGCGUUUUAUUGACCAUAAUCGCACCAAAGCUUGAAAAAGUUAUCGAUGCCCCAAGACAAGUGUACAAACAACUGAAAAGCUACUUGGUCACCGGGUACGCGGGCAACAUUCCUCUGCCUCGGCAAACCAUACACAUGAUCGAUAUACUUCUGAACAUGCGAAAAUGUAACACGAAAGGUUCGAAUUCGUGGCGAGGCGAUUUCACCGAAGGAAAUACCAGGAAAGCCAGAAACAGCCGUCAUCAAGAAGUGCAGUCGGUGGAUCACCGUAGGAAUCGCAUCUCCGGCGAGAAUUCACGAUCCAGCCAAAACCGAUCAUCCUAUACUACCAUGGUGCCUGUAAAGCACCACGGGAAACACGUCACGUUCAACCCCGUGGUGUCUGUAUUCUAUUAUCAUAAAAAUUAGUAGUAAUGUAUAAAUAUUCCCUCUCUUUCCCCACCACCCUAUUUACACCCUUAAGUAUGUAUAUACAAUGAAUCGGAAAAGUUCUCGAAUUUCCUCUCCAGCGCCUGUACAAGUGAAGCAAUCUAACAAUAAAAACUGGUACCACGUAGCUAUAUUUAUCAGUAGUAUGUGUACAAAAUUGUAUCACUUUCAGUUCAGUAUAUUAACGAGUUAAGAUAUAUUUGUGAAACGCGUAUUGGUGUCGUAGGUGCAAAUUGCGAAAUGGAGGGAAAAUUCGAGCAACGUUCCACAGUUAAAUUUUGUGUUAGACUCAAAAAAAGUUUUAGGAAAACUCGAAAAAUAUUGAUACUGCUUUUGGUAAACGUAUAGUAACACGCCCUAAUGUUUAUACGUGGUAUAAGCUGUUCAAGGAUGAUAGAGCCUCGUUAGAAGACCACGAAAGAAGUUGCCAGCCCACAACAGCUGUUACUGAUGAAAAUGAGGCUCGUGUACGCGCCCUGCUAAACCAAGAUCUUCACAUGUCUCUCAGAAUGUUAGCAGACGAACUGAACAUAGUGUGACGAUGAUUUUGAAGAAAAAAAUGCAUCAUAGAAAGGUGUCGAGCACAGUCGGACUUAGUCCGGGCGAAUUUUUCCUCCAUUUCGCGAUUUGCACCUGCGACACUAAUACCAUUGAUUAUAAAUACUAGUAUUUAUUUUACUAGUAUUUAUAAUCAAUGCUAAUACGCAUUCCUCAAAUAUGUCUUAAUAUUCGUUAAAUACUGAACGGAAAGUGAUAAAAUGUUGUACAUAUAUUACUGUUAAUUGUAGCUAAAUAGUACCAGUUUUGUCUGAUAGAUUGCUUCACUUGUACAGCCGCUGGAGAGAAACUUCGGGAACUUUUCCGACACACUGUGUAAUAUUCAUUGUAUGACUCAAAAUAAUUAAUAAUUAAAAAAUUUUUAUUAUAUAAUGACAAAUUACACUAAUGCAUUUACCGUUUUGGUUCAAGUAGUACAUAAAUAAAGAUAAAACGUCAAUAAAAAAAACAUACCAUGACAUUAAUAUAAAACAAUAAAAAAAAAAAUUUAAUAAGGGAACUCCGAAAUUACAGGAUAUCUCAUCGAGAUGAUUGGUUAUAAAUAUUUCCUAGCUAUUCAUUUUUUCAAAUAAUUUUUAUAUUUCUAUACAACAAUUAUUAUUGUUUGAAUAUAAUAUUAAAUCUGAGAUGAGAACGAAUAAUUUCAAAACAAAAAAAUAUGGGCUAGACAUUAUACAAACUUUCGCAAAUGGUCAACACAACUGUUCAAGUAACCUUUUACAAUAAGAAACAAGUGGUUUGGAAAAGGUCAUGCAUCGGCGUGAUUAUUGCAACAUUGGAAGUGCUGAAACGGGGAAGAGUGUGAAAUUUCGAAAAAAUCCUGAAUCAACUAUCACUCUUUGUUUCCUUUACGUAAUACGUACAUUAAACGAGGUAUUAGAAAUAU